AUGGAGAAAGUAGAUUUGAAAGGAAAGAGAAAGAUAGAGGACGUCUAUGAGAGUCAAGAUGUUCCUCGUCAUCAUUGCUUAGGAAAUUGCAAUCAUGAUGUUCCUGUCGUACAAUUUGCUCCUCCGGAUCCAAAGUUGUUGUCUAUGUAUUUGAAGCCGAAGAUAGACAAUCCUGAAAUUAAGUUUGAACUGAUGCCUUGUAUACCCGAUGUCGAUGUUUAUAAAUAUCAUCCUGAAAAGCUUCUAGAAAAAUACCAACAAAAACCGGCGUAUUUCUAUACCAAGAGGACCAUGAAAUACCCCAAUGGAAAGAGACCCAAUCGAAAUGUGAAAGGACGUGGGUACUGGCGAAUGAUUACAAAAACAGAGCCCGUCAUGGCAGGAAAUACCGAAGUUGGGGAGAAGAGUGGCCUCGUCUUCCAUACCGGUCGUCGAGAAGAUUGUAAACGUAUUACUGAAACCAAUUGGUUGAUGGAAGAGUACCAUAUACCUGGUAGUGACUGGACACUGUGUUGGAUCUAUUUGAAUAUAUAG